AUGUCUCCAACCGCCAUUCUUGACACCACUCCCGCGGCUGAUGUUGCCGACGCCACCAGCCUCAAAGCGAAAGUCGCGGACGAGAGACCACCGCUUGCCGACAAUCACAUGUACGACUUCCAAUAUAACCAUGCGCUCCCCACAGUCGAGGUGCUCGGCACUAAGAUACCCGAGGAUAUAAACGUAACUGAGGUUGCUGAGGACAUCCUCUCUGCCUUGUCAUCUGCACUCUCGACUGGCGACGCCGAGGCCUUCGCUGCCCUAUUUCUGGAGUACGGCGUGUGGCGCGACAAGCUCGCAUUUACCUGGGACUAUCGCACGUUUAAUUUCCGCCCAGCGAUCGCAAAGGCCGCGGCCGACCUCCUCCCCUCGGCGCAUGCCAGCAAAUUCGAACAGUUUACUCCCCUCCCAGCGAUCCAUCGCCCCUACCCCGACCUCGAGUAUCUCCAGUUUUGCCUCAAGUUUGACACGCCGCUCGUACACGCAAGCGCCAUGAUCAAUGCUGUCCUUACUCAAGAGGGGUGGAAAAUCUGGACUCUCCAUACCGUCGCCGAGGACCUCAUUGACUUCCCGGAACUGCCGCCAGCCGACGGUCACAUGACCGGCGACGUUAGCUUCGAGGCGCAGCGCGAGAAGGACGACGACGAGAUUCGCCCGGACGUUCUCAUUAUCGGCGGUGGGCAGAAUGGCCUUGCCCUCGCCGCUCGUCUUAAAGUUCUCGGUGUUCCCACCCUCAUCGUGGAGCGCGCCGCUACCAUCGGGGAGGUUUGGCGCAAGCGCUACGAGUACCUCUCCCUCCAUUUUCCCCACUGGGCUGACCAUCUCCCCUACUUCCCCUACCCGGAGCACUGGCCGACGUACACGCCCGCCCAGAAGCAGGGUAUGUAUAUGGAGUGGUACGCCAACGCUAUGGAGCUUUCCAUCUGGGCAAGCUCAUCCGUUGUCGAAGCCCAGCAGGAUGCAAACGGCUGGACUGUCAAUGUCAAUAAGGGCGGCAUUGCGGUGCGCACCCUUCAUCCCAAGCAUGUUGUCAUGGCCACCUCCCUCUGCGGCAUCCCCAUGAUCCCGCAAGUCCCAGGUCGUGAGCUGUGGAAGGGCACCGCGCGGCACUCGACACAGCACGACUCUUCGCGCAACUGGAUCGGCAAAAAAGUGCUCGUCGUCGGCACCUCAUCCUCUGGCUUUGACACCGCGUACGACUGUGCGCGCCGCGACAUCGACGUGACUCUUCUUCAGCGCUCGCCGACGUACAUCAUGUCCCUCACGCAUUCCGUGCCCCGCGCCAUCGGCGGAUACGCGCCCAAAAACGGCGUCCGCCCUGACCUUGAGGAACAGGACCGCAUUGCGUUCGCGAUGCCAGUUGGACCCGCUGAGGAGCUCUCACGACGCAACGCCCAGGCCCUUGAGACCCUGGACCGCGAGUUGCUUGAAGGUCUUAACGCUAAGGGCCUACGUACCUGGCGCGGCCAGCGUGGGACCGGCAACAGCACGCUCGGCCAAACACGCAAUGGCGGCUUCUACUUUGACGCAGGUGCGUGCGAGCAGAUCAUCAACGGCAAGAUCAAGGUCGAACAGGGCUACAUUGAAAGCUUCACCACGGACAAGGUUGUGCUCUCGGGUGGCCGCGAGUGCGAGUUUGACCUAGUCGUUUUCGCUACCGGGUUCUCUAGCGCGGUCGAUAGCGUCAAGGCUACGCUUGGUGAGGAGAUCGCUUCCCGCUGCGGCCCAAUCUGGGGCAUAGAUGAGGAGGGCGAGUUCCGUUCUGCGUACAAGCAUUCGGGCGUUGACAAUCUCUGGAUGAUGGUCGGCUACCUCCCCUACACGCGCUACCACUCGAAGCGCAUGGCUAUCCGGCUCAAAGCCCUCAUCGAGGGAGUCUCCCCACCACCUUACACUGCCUAGAUGUUUGACCGGUACUCCUCCUACUUUCAUAGGGGGCUUCGGGGUGGCUGCUGCCCCGGCUUUAAAGUAGAUUUGAAAUGUGUCAUCC